CAGGCGGUGUUCAGGGUGCGGGCGGUGACCCGCUGCACCAGCUCUCUGGAGGGGCACACCGAGGCUGUCAUCUCCGUGGCCUUCAGCCCCACGGGAAAGUACCUGGCAAGCGGCUCUGGGGACACCACCGUCCGCUUCUGGGACCUGAGCACAGAGACGCCACAAUUCACGGCCAAAGGUCACCGGCACUGGGUGCUCAGCAUCGCCUGGUCGCCCGAUGGCAAGAAGCUGGCCUCGGGCUGCAAGAACAGCCAGAUAUUUCUCUGGGACCCAGCCACGGGCAAUCAGAUCGGCCGGGUGCUCUCUGGCCACUCCAAAUGGAUCACGUGUCUGUGCUGGGAACCGCUCCACAUAAAUCCAGAGUGCCGCUACCUGGCGAGCGCCUCCAAAGACGGCAGCAUCCGCAUCUGGGACACAGUGAUGGGCAAGUGUGACAAAAUCCUCACGAGCCACACGCAGUCGGUGACGUGUGUGAAGUGGGGAGGCGAUGGCUUGCUCUACUCCUCCUCCCAGGACAGGACCAUCAAAGUCUGGAGGAGCCGGGACGGGGUCCUCUGCCGCACCUUACAGGGCCACGCUCACUGGGUGAACACCAUGGCCCUUAGCACCGACUACGUUCUCCGCACUGGUGCCUUCGAACCUGCUGAUGCCACCAUCAACCCACAGGACGUGAGCGGCUCUUUGGCAGAACUGAAGGACAAGGCACAGCAGAGGUAUGACCAAGUCAGGGGCCAGGAACCAGAAAGGCUUGUCUCAGGCUCAGAUGACUUCACGCUCUUUCUUUGGAGACCAGCAGAAGACAAGAAGCCACUGGAGAGAAUGACAGGCCACCAGGCAUUGAUUAACCAAGUCCUCUUCUCGCCAGACACUCGCAUAAUAGCCAGUGCUUCCUUUGACAAGUCCAUAAAGCUCUGGGAUGGAAGGACAGGAAAGUACCUGACGUCGCUGAGAGGGCACGUCUCGGCUGUGUAUCAGAUCGCCUGGUCAGCCGACAGCCGCUUGCUGGUGAGUGGGAGCAGUGACAGCACGCUGAAGGUCUGGGAUGCCAAGAUGAAGAAACUGGCCAUUGAUCUUCCCGGUCAUGCGGAUGAGGUGUAUGCAACAGAUUGGAGCCCGGACGGACAGAGGGUAGCCAGCGGAGGGAAGGAUAAGUGUUUGCGGAUGUAA